ACUGCCGUAAUCUUCUUGGAAAUUUCUUAAACAACUGAGACCAAAACCAUAGUAAUUACUCCAAAAAAUAAAAUGUCAUGUCCCAACAACUUGGCUACCGGCUCUUUCCUUAUGGAUUCCCAGGUGGGAGGACCAUCCGCCUACAGAGGUGAGGGCUGUCCUACCAACCCUGAGAUGUACAUGCAAGCGGGUAAUGAGUAUAGCUGUUCGGUGAUGAGAAAUUGUGGAAUUGUUUCUUCACCUCUCUCCAAAAGAGACGAGCUUCCAUCAACGGCAGUGCCUCUGAGUGCCUACCAGCACCCGCCCUACCUGUCGCCGCUGGACACGUGGGGGACAGAAUCCAAAACUCUAUGCAGGAUUGAGCAACCUGUUGCCCGACACUUGCCCUCCUGUACCUUUACAACAGAUGAUGUGAAAGAAGAGGCCAUGUGUUGCUUGUUCCGUGAUGACAUUGACAGAGGUAAGGAGACUGCAGACCCGGCCACCUAUACGCGUCUGGGGGCCGACAGCGAUCAGUCAAACUGUGAUCAAGCUCCACAGUCUGUUCCUGGUUAUUUUAGAGUGAACCAGGUUUACCCGGGCGACAAGGGACGGGAUGGAAAUGACUUCGAAUCUGGUUUUGCAAACAUGACAAGUCCUGUGGAAACCCGCGGUCCAGAAACGUUCAUUGACACCAGCAGAUCGGAACAGGAUCUGGCCUUCGAAGAUAUCAGCAGUGAGGACCAACACUGUUCGGCUAGAAAACAAUCACCUGAAGGAAAUAUCUCCACGAGGGACAGCAGUAGAGACAACUCGGAAAGCGAAAUCAAAGAAGACUCCAAAACUGAAAGGACAACUGGAAACUGGUUGACAGCAAAAAGUGGCAGGAAAAAGAGGUGUCCAUACACAAAGCACCAGACUCUGGAGCUUGAGAAAGAAUUCCUCUUUAACAUGUACUUGACUCGCGAGCGCCGCCUGGAGAUCAGCAAGAGCAUCAACCUCACCGACCGCCAGGUCAAAAUCUGGUUCCAGAACCGCAGGAUGAAGCUCAAGAAGCUGAAUAGGGAGAGCCGCGCGCGCGAGCUCACGUCGGGCUACAGCUACACCUGAAGCACCAAUCCCCUCCCGGUCCCACCGCUCCUCUUCCUUUCGCGAGAACAGAAGUGGAUAAAAGCAUUCCGAAGGGAGCGCUUUGAAAAAUCUCGUUGCAGUUACCAUGCAUUGAAGAUAUUGUCUGAUCUAAUAUAUUUGGCCUUUUAUUGUAUAAGUUCAAAACUGAUGAAAGUCCAGUUUAGACUAUAGUUUUGUAUAUGAAUUUAUUUAUGUGUUUGUGUAUUUUGCAGAAAUGUGCUUUUCUGGCUCUCGGCUUAUUUACCUUGUUUUAUUCUCUUUGACGUUAGGCAAUGCCCUGUACUAUUUAUUGCGUAUAAAACACUUUGCAUGUUCAUUCUUUACUUCUCUGUAUGUGAUAAUUAAGCAGCCCCAACAAAUAAAA